AGCCAUUUUUUAUAAAAACGGCUGGCCAGAUACCCCUAAUGUUUUGCACUUUUUUUAUGCCCAUUUGAGCCUGGUCUCGUUCAAAAAGCGCUCGUCCGGAUCGCGACCUUCCCUUGUGAGACGCCCUGUGCAAUAUGUGAACUGCCUUUCAAUUUUUUUCUUCUUUCUUUUUUUGGUUAUAAUUUAAUAAAUUUGUGUUAUGGACCCCGUUCAUUUCAAUGUGAAAUUCAAUAUACAUUUCGGACUUUGAAAAUUCUGUAAUAUUUGUUGAAUAUUGGAACCUUUUGGGCGUCGAUAAGCCUCGUUAGGUUUAGAUACAUGUCGAUGCAACGAUGUGGUCGCGAUCAACAAAAAAUGAAGCAACUGAUCGAUCAGAUUAAUAUGCUCGCCAACAAUUUGGACGAUUUGCGUGCAGAGAUUGGCGCGCUAAAAAUCAAUUAUCUCGCCAAUGACCUGGAGCUCUCGUCCAAUAAUCGCCACGAACACCGUGCGAAUGACAAAACAAGCGUUUUGUACAAAGUUAAGAAGUACACGAGGAAAAUUGGAAACGUUGGUUUGCUGAAGACCAGACACGGAUCUACAAAAAAACACGAGUUUUCACAGUUAUUUGUUCCGUGUCUUUGUUAUCAGGUUUAUUAUCCUAAUAAAACUCUGGAUCCGGCAUUGCUUUCACCUCUGAGGUAUAUUUUUCGCAUCGGAAAGAAGGGCAACGUGUUUCACAUUCCUACCGAAAUCACAUGUUUGACAGACGAGUGCAGUCAGACUGACAAGAAAUCUCGUCAGCAAUUUGCGAGACCAUCUGUAGAUCGAAAUUUGACAACAUCGAAAUACAUGGAAAGCGUGGAGGAGGUUAUCUCUCCCCACAAAGCUAAACAAGGAAUCCAACGACACGAUAAAAUAAUAUUCGGAACAAAACGUGCCACUCUUUUUCCACGAUUCUCCGAGUUAAGUUGCGAAUUAGAUUCGUAUCCAGAAGAUCCCACAUUCCUAAAUUCGUACACGUUUCCAUCAAAGUCUAAUCUAAAAGAUACUUCGCAAGCCAGAAAUGUCUGUUUACCGAACGAAAACGAACAAUUUGUAAGCACAUACACUCAAACCAUUCCUCCGAAAGUAAAACGGAAACGUAGAAAUUUCAAUUUUCCCUCGAAACAUUCAAAUCUUAAUUUUGCCAAGAUAAGGAAUGCUGUGAUCACAAAGAAAAUGAUAAGAAACCCCAAUGAGAAAACGUUCACAGUAUGUAGGGAUGCGAGUGACACGAAAGACUAUCCCUAUGUAAAACAGAAAUUGUAUGAAUGUUCCUGCAAAACAAAGAGAGUAAGCAACACGGUUGAAACAGUUCACAACAAAACGUUUGAGAGAGAAUUUUCCAUUGAAAAAGAUCUAAAAAGAUUUAACAAUGUUUCCUCAAUGAGUGAAGACAAGUUUUCUUAUGACGAAGAACUAGAAUCAUCUCCUUCUAUUUCAUUGUCUAUGGGUUUGGAACAGAAUGUUUCUAACAGUUCCAACGAAAUUGAAGAAUCUUAUCCCUGUAGGAAACCAAGGACCUAUACAAUAAACAAAACGUCCCAGAAACAUAAUAACAGUUGGUUCGAUCGGUUUGAAAGUAUAAUUUAUGUAGGAGAAACUUCUGAUUUGACUCUCUCCUCCCAAAGUUUUCAGAAUUAAAAUACACACUGGAUUCUGUUCAUCUAUUAUCUAAAGAUACAUGUAUUAACCCUUUACACUCCAGUGGAAUCUUGCCAAUUUUGUACAUUCUACAACUUGUUCUCAAAUUAAACACUUUCAUUAAUCAGACACGAGCAUACAUAAAUUCACAUUGUUUAAUAAGAAUAUUAUAUUUAUUCUUAUACUUAUAACAGGACAUCUCUAAUUGUAAGUAUAUGAACAGUAGAGCUAGCCUGACAAUGAGGAGUACAAAGGGCUAGACUACAAAUCUAUUCAACUUUAUUAAAUAAUGUUAAUGCGUCUAAAAAUUAUAGCCAAUAACAUAGGUCGAUUAAGUGUUAAUGCAGAUUAUAAAACAUCUUUAUUUUUUUAUUUCAUAUACUUUUAGAUGAUCGACAAAUAUUAAAUAAUAUUACAUAUUUGCCUUAAUAAAACAACAUUUAAUAGCUACAUUAUGUUUCCGCUUGUCAUGCUAUUGUAAUUCCUUAACGUAUUAUUGGAUUCGCGAUGAAAAUAAGUUUACUUUCGGUUGGUGAUAAUUUAUAAUGUAAAAGCGGAAAGAAUUGAACAAUAUUUAAUUUUUAACUAUAUUUAUUUAAUCGCAACUCGAAUAUAAUUAAUACAGGGUUGUACACGUUUAGUAUAUAACAUCAUAACAAAAUAUACAAUUGAUAGUUUACAAUGUUUCUAUAUACAUAUAUAUUUCUUUGUAAAACUCUUAUACUCUUUUGA